AAGCGCGGCCGGAGGGGCUGUAGAGCCGAGCUUCGCGGUGAGCCGUCGGGAGAGUGGGCAGCCAGCGUUCCUUGGCAAGGAAGAUGCUGCCGAUCAGGAAGACCGCGAAACAGGGCAAAAGGGGUAUUCUAGAGCGCUUGGAUGCUGGAGAAAUUGUGAUUGGAGAUGGAGGAUUUGUCUUUGCUCUUGAAAAGAGGGGAUAUGUAAAAGCUGGGCCUUGGACUCCUGAAGCAACUGUAGAACACCCAGAGGCAGUUCGUCAGCUUCACCGAGAAUUCCUCAGAGCUGGAUCCAAUGUUCUGCAGACAUUCACCUUUUAUGCCAGUGAGGACAAACUAGAGAACAGGGGCAAUUAUGUAGCUGAGAAAAUAAGUUGCCAGAAAGUGAAUGAAGCUGCUUGUGACAUUGCAAGAGAAGUGGCUAAUGAAGGUGAUGCUUUGGUGGCUGGAGGAGUCAGUCAAACACCAUCAUACUUAAGCUGCAAGGAUAAAACAGAGGUUAAAGCAGCCUUUCGAAAACAACUAGAGGUCUUUAUGAAGAAGAAUGUGGACUUCCUAAUUGCAGAGUAUUUUGAACAUGUUGAAGAGGCUGUGUGGGCAGUCGAAGUUCUAAAAGAAUCUGGAAAGCCAGUUGCAGCUACAAUGUGCAUUGGUCCAGAAGGAGACAUGCAUGGAGUGUCCCCUGGACAAUGUGCUGUCCAGCUGGUAAAGGCUGGUGCUUCUAUUGUUGGAGUCAACUGCCAUUUUGAUCCAGAAACUUCCCUAGAAACUGUGAAACUGAUGAAAGAGGGCUUGCAGGCUGCUAAACUGAAAGCCCACCUGAUGUCCCAACCUCUUGCUUUCCAUACACCUGAUUGUGGAAAGCAGGGUUUUAUUGAUCUUCCAGAAUUUCCCUUUGGUCUGGAGCCAAGAAUUUUAACCAGAUGGGACAUUCAAAAAUAUGCAAGAAAGGCCUAUGACUUAGGGAUUCGUUUCAUUGGAGGCUGCUGUGGAUUUGAGCCAUAUCACAUCCGAGCAAUAGCUGAGGAGCUGGCACCUGAAAGAGGAUUUUUGCCAGAAGCUUCUGAGAAACAUGGUAGCUGGGGCGAUAACCUGAGCAUGCAUACCAAACCCUGGGUCAGAGCAAGGGCAAGAAAAGAAUACUGGGAGAACCUGAAGCCUGCUUCAGGCAGACCUUAUUGUCCUUCCAUGUCAAAGCCAGAUGGCUGGGGAGUGACCAAAGGAGCCAAGGAGCUGAUGCAACAGAAAGAAGCAACAACUGAACAGCAGCUGAAAGAGCUCUUCCAGAAACAGAAGAUCUAAUCCACCACAGUUGUGUAAAUGUUAGAAUGAGUAAUCUACAGAACAUUUCAUGCUUCACAAGAAAAUCAGUGAAGAUGAGUACCCUGCUGAUUUAUCACUUAAAAUGUAAUGAAAGAGACAAAAUGCAGAAAGAAUAUGAUUACAGAGUAAAUAUGUCAAACUUUGAUAACAAAAUCUUUCUCUGGACAAAUAGUUUAGAAAGUACAUAGUCAAAAG